GCAAAAGAAAUGAUGUCUCCAUAGUGGAAAGAACUAAUAAGAAGAACUUGUUUAAAUAUCUUGGAAUUGAAACUCCUUCCGAAUCCUUGGAUGGAUUAGUGAUCAAGCCAGAUGAGUCUGAACCCUCUGACAGUCCUGAAAACCUGUCCAAGGACGUAUUUAUUCUCCCCCUCUCUCCGGAUAUAUCGGAAAAAGAGUCAAACUUAAACCUAGAUACUGAUCCGCAAUCCCAGAAUCAAUCAAUCAAUCAUUAUCAUCUAGAACCCGGGACUGACAGCCGCUUACCCCCAGAUCAACCAAGGCGGAAAAAUCUGGAAAGAUUUUUGGGACUUACAAACCAAGACUUAGAGAAAGCUAUGCUGAAAGUGGACGACUAUAACAGCGCAACAUUUUUAAAAUAUUCUCCAAAAAAUCAGAGUAUAAAAUCGGUCUUGAAAAAAUCCUCACGAACCAUCCAAUCAAUUGAAUCCUUGGACGAUUCUACGCAGUUGACCGGAUCAUCCAAUGACUCUACGGAGAUGAUUCGAACCCAGCAAAAUUCAGAAUCACGAAGCUUAAGUUCAUGCUCGGAUUCGACUAAAUUAAAGAAUCAUAAUUAUAGUUGCAACCGUUCUUGCCAACAAAGCUACAGUUCAAAUCACCAGCUGGAUCAGAACUAUAGUUCAAAUCAUCAUUUUGACCAAAACUUUAGUUCAUCCAGAUACCAAUUUUCGGAUAAUAGUUCAAACAGUCUCCCUAGACUGACUUCCCAAAAACCCAGAGACGCUAGAUACUGCUCAAAAUGUUCGAAAGUUCGAAAGUGUUCGAAGACUUGUGAAAGAUGUGCGAAAAGGGUUUCGAACCAUCAUUUGACAUGCUCAAAGAAGGAAGACUAUUGCUCAUCAUAUCACGAAAAUAACAGCUGUUACGAAAUCCGUAGAUGCUGCAGUCGAUGUUGCAAAUUUGUGAAUCUAUAUCCAGAAAAUGCGGGAAAUGAUUUGAACAUGGAUCCGGCCUAUGAUGUGUCUAACCUACGUGGUUCCGAUUACAGUUCAAGUAGUAACAGCUACGACAGCUGUAGAUCUGAUUUCAGGAGUUCGGUGUUUGUAAACAGCUCUUUUGUGAACCGGUAUCCAGUAAAUCAAAGAAAUAAACAACAACAGCAGUACACUGAAUGCACUCUUGAUUACACUCCACAGAAGUCCAAGUUAAGAUCGUUAAAACAACGGCCAAAAUCACAAAAUGUAUCGUUCAAUCAACAGCCAAAUUAUUCACCAUUCAUGAAUCCAUUUGGCCAAGAUCAGAUUUAUAUAGACAUGAAUAGUGUUAUUGCUAGUCAAUUUUGUACCAUGCGAAACUUUAGACGGUAAGUAUGUACACCUCAAAACGGCUUUGGAGGGGGAGUGGGCGUUUACCCCCUUCCCCUCUUUUUGUUACCUUACCGCUCUUUUUCUUGAAACUCUAUCAUCAACACUUCUUGACUCUGUAAUAAAAUAUCCUACAUUUUGGAUGUAAUAUCGAACUGAACUACCAACACCAUUUCGAAACUUCAAACAUUUUUACGUAAUUUUGAACAAAACGUUAAUAUUUGCUUUCGAUGGUUCGAAAUUAGGAUUUUAUAUUUUUUUUGGUAAAACAGUUUGGAAUACAUUUGUAGCUAAUAAAUAAUGUUUUUUUAGAUAUAGAAAUAUUUGUAAAAAAAUCUAACAAUUUUUUUAACAUUUAUUUUUAAAAUUUAAUUUUUACAAAAAGUUUUAAAUAGAACGGUCAAGCUUUCCUCUCCUUAAUAGCUGAUCUUUUAACAAUAUUUUGAGAAUUCUAAAAAGUCUAAAAAAAAGAGAUGGUCUUUACAUAAAUAUGUAUUGCACCUCCAUACUUUAAGGACAUAAGGAUUUUCUCCAGGCUGUAAAUAGAUUCGGACCCUCCAGCCUUUUUGAGUCUACAUUAUUUUAUAGUUAAAUUCAUUUGAGUAUGUCCUUAAAAUGUCUGAGACCAUCAUCCAUGUAUCUUUGAAAAAUCUUUUUUUUAACAUGAAAAGUCGUUCUUCCUUUGAUAUAGUCUUAAAGGGACAGCCGUAAUAACAAGUGACCUUUAAAUUUUCUAUAUGAUCAAAAAUUUGUGAAAAGCGUUUGAAUGUGACAAUUAUGUAAAUCUCGUGAAGUCGUGAACCUGACAUACAGGGUGUCCCACGAAACAUGACAUUUGGUGAAUAGUUUAGAAUGUCUUUUUCCAUAAUUU